AUGUGUAUCAAUCAUAAAUGCCGUCUGUUUCCAAGUCGAGUUAUUUAUGCAAAAAUGCAUGUCAUCUGUGGUGAAAAUUAAAGGAUAUUUGUAAUCAGUAAACAAUUUCAUCGUUUAUUUUUUUGUGUGUGUGUGUGUGUAUAGUGAAUACCUCUGACAUUUACCACUAAAAAAAAAAAAACUUUGAAAAUGGCCGAUAAUGCUACGUCACCAGUGUCACUGGAUUACGUCAUCUACCACAAACUCAUGGAAAACAUUGCCGCAAUUGUGUAUACGUCUGUGCUUUUAGUGAUAGGUGUUCCAGGAAACUGUUUCGUAUGUUAUAUCUACUUUAGAUGGAAAGAAAAGAAUUCAUCUAAAAUUUUCAUUUUAUCUCUAGCUAUAGUUGAUCUUUUUAACUGCCUUAUUACCAUGCCAACAGAACUGGCAAUGAUGACAAACCCGAUGAAUUUUGAUUUCAACAUCAUUUGUAAGCUUUCUCGGUUUUUCACUUAUUUGUGUAACACAAUUGCAGCCUUGAUCAUGAUCGUUAUCGCUGUGGACAGGUAUCAAAGGAUCUGCCACCCUAGCAAAACCAACAUGACUAUCCGCCACGCUAAAAUAGCAGUAGGUGUUUGUUUCAUUAUUUCUGUGCUUACCACUUGGCCUGCUCUUGUCAUGUAUGGAACGUCAUUAACUGUACUUGGAUCAAAUGCCUUCGCUAAAAAUUGUUAUGUAGAAAACGAAUUCCUUUCUUCUCCAUUUGUGCUAUCUUAUUUUGCAUUCCAUACUAUUGCAACAAUUACAAUCUUCAUUAUAAUUUCUGUCUUGUAUAUAUUCAUCGGAUUGGCAGUUUACAAAAGAUGGAAGUUUCGAAGGCAGUUUCUCUCUAGUUCUAAGAAUCUUCUUGUGCGCAUGUCAAGAACAAAUAACUCUCGUGACGAACUCAACACUCCGGGUAGUAUGACCUGCUUAGAUUCUGUAUCAGGGACAAGAAAUACAGUAGUGAGGAGGAACGAUUUCCGUUCGCCCAAAAAACAAAACAUAAAACUAGAAAAAACGACCUUUAUGUUAUUUCUUGUGACCUUGACUUAUAUAUUAAGCUUUAUUCCUUUCUUAACCCUGGCUAUCCAUCGUUCAAUUCAUCCAGGGGAGUGGGAACACAUCUCUCACGCGGGUGAAGUCGUGUAUCAGGUAUUCAUUAGGUCGUACCUUCUUAAUUCCUGUGUUAAUCCAAUUAUUUAUUCGUUCUUUAAUUCUCUCUUUAGAAGAGAGUGCAAGAAAAUGUGUUGCAAGAGGCUUCAUGUUGUUUCAUUUUCGUUGUCAUGACAAUGCGUAAAAAUCUGAUUGUUUAUCUGA